UCAAGAACUUGUGUACUUUAAUGCACCGUACUGCCGUCUGCAUUCGGAAUAUUGUUUAGGAUAACAAGACGACUCCGGAUAUUGUAAAAAAAAUGAGAGUUUUAUCAAAAUUACCGCUACAAGUUAUUAAGAAGUUUUUCAUUUCAAGCUCGACCACCGCACACAAUACGACCGCGAAAAGAAAGAUGGCGACCGAAGUGGAGAAAUCGCAGACUGCUUCUCCCGGUGGAGAUACAAUUUUCGGAAAAAUACUGCGCAAAGAAAUCCCAUGUACAUUUAUAUACGAGGACGACCAGUGCGUGGCAUUCAGUGAUGUCAAUCCUCAAGCUCCUGUGCACUUCUUGGUGAUUCCUCGUAAACCCAUCUCCCAACUUUCAAAGUCAGUGGAUGACGACGAGCCAUUGUUGGGACACUUGAUGAAUGUUGCUCGGAAAGUCGCAAAACAACAAGGUUUGGAUGAUGGUUUCCGUCUGGUCAUCAAUGACGGAAGACACGGUGCUCAAUCGGUUUUCCAUCUACAUCUGCAUGUUCUUGGUGGCCGACAGAUGCAGUGGCCACCUGGUUAAUACUUCCUUUUUAUUAAGGUUAGGAGUAGUUCAUCGUAAUGAAGAUAGUUUCACGGGGACAAUAAUACUGAUAAUAAAUAAAUUAUUUACCUUGUCAAGGCAAAAUUAUUUGGUAUCUCUGGGAAAAAGGUAUCACAGUCAAAAUGCUUCAAUACUUUUGUUAGAUAUAGUCGAUGGAAAUUAGGAGAUUCCAUCGCAGCCUGCAACAGUCAUAAUUA